CCCCCACUUGCUGCAUCUGAGGUUGAAGGUCACCUUGAUCCGUCAGUUGUGUGUGUCACCUUGACCAGCGGAGAAGAAGUGGAGUUUCUCUGGCCACGCUUUUUGGAGCUCCAGCACAGUCCAGUGAGGCAUUCGCACGCGAGCUGUUGGUGCGUCAGCAGGUGUUGUUCAGCGGAGAAGAGGGAUUAGUGUGUCAGUGAUUGUGGAAGUGUGCAGGAUGGCCGAUCAGAAGCAGAGGUUUAUUGAGCGGGGCUCGCACAAGGGCAAGGGCAUCGCCGUGUUCACCAGCGGAGGCGAUUCGCAGGGCAUGAACGCGGCCGUGCGCGCUGUCGUGCGGAUGGGAAUCUACCUGGGAUGCAAGGUGUACUUCAUCCGUGAGGGCUACCAGGGCAUGGUGGACGGCGGCGAGAACAUCCAGGAGGCGAACUGGGCCUCCGUGUCGAGUAUUAUCCAUCGCGGAGGAACUGUGAUCGGUUCGGCGCGCUGCAAGGACUUCCGGGAGCGCCCCGGACGCCUGCGGGCGGCGGCGAACCUCGUGCGGCGCGGCAUCACCAAUCUCGUGGUCAUCGGCGGCGACGGCUCCCUCACGGGCGCCAAUCUCUUCCGCCAGGAGUGGACGGGGCUGCUGGAUGAGCUGCUGCAGACUGGUGAGAUCACGCCGGAGCAGCGACAGAAGUACGGCAGUCUGCACAUCGUGGGCAUGGUGGGUUCCAUCGACAACGACUUCUGCGGCACGGACAUGACCAUCGGCACGGACUCCGCCCUGCACCGCAUCAUCGAGGCCAUCGACGCCAUCGUGAGCACGGCGUACAGCCACCAGCGCACGUUCAUCAUGGAAGUGAUGGGCAGACACUGCGGCUACUUGGCACUUGUUGCUGGACUCUCCGUCGAGGCGGACUUUAUCUUCAUCCCGGAAGAUCCACCGGGCGCCGACUGGAAUUCCCUGCUCUGCCGGCGAUUGUCCCAGGAGCGCAACGCCGGCCAGCGCCUGAACAUCAUCAUCGUGGCCGAGGGUGCGAUCGACAGGGAUGGACGUCCGAUCACGGCGGAGAAUGUGCGUCAAGUGGUGGUGGAUCAGCUGCAGCAGGACACGAGGAUCACUGUCCUUGGUCACGUGCAGCGCGGAGGAAAUCCCAGUGCUUUCGACCGAGUUUUGGGCUGCCGGAUGGGAGCUGAAGCUGUUCUCGCUCUGAUGGAGGCUACUGACGAGACGGAGGCUUGCGUCGUCUCGCUCGACGGCAACCAGGCUGUACGGGUGCCGCUAAUGGAGUGCGUGGAGAGGACAAAAGCCGUGGCGAGCGCCAUGGCAGAGAAGAAGUGGUCUCUGGCCGUGGAGCUGCGAGGACGCUCUUUUGCCCGUAAUCUGGAGACUUACAAGAUGCUGACGCGUCUAAAGCCACCGAAAGACGCCUUCGAUGCUUCGGGCAAAGGAAUUGAGGGCUACACGCUGGCAGUGAUGCACAUCGGCGCUCCGGCUUGCGGAAUGAACGCUGCCGUGAGAUCUUUCGUGCGCAACUGCAUCUACCGCGGCGACACAGUGCUGGGCAUUCACGAUGGCGUUGAGGGAUUGAUUGCCGGGAAUAUCAGGAAGAUGGAGUGGAGCGAUGUGACUGGCUGGGUGGGCCAGGGAGGCGCUUUUCUGGGCACCAAGCGAACCCUUCCCGACGGCAAGUAUGAAGCCAUCGCGGCGAAGCUCAAGGAGUUCAAGAUUCAGGGACUGCUGAUCAUUGGCGGCUUCGAGGCAUAUCAUGCAUGUGGACAAUUGGUGGACCAGAGGAAGAACUAUCCCGAAUUUUGUAUCCCACUCGUGGUGAUACCAUCGACGAUAUCGAAUAACGUGCCAGGAACUGAGUUCUCGCUGGGCUGUGAUACUGGCCUCAAUGAGAUCACCGAGAUUUGCGAUCGCAUCCGUCAGUCGGCGCAGGGCACAAAGCGUCGUGUGUUCGUGAUUGAGACGAUGGGCGGCUACUGUGGCUAUCUGGCCACUCUGGCGGGCCUCGCGGGUGGCGCAGACGCUGCCUAUAUCUAUGAGGAGCGCUUCUCGAUCAAGGAUCUGCAGCAGGACGUCUAUCACAUGGCGUCGAAGAUGGCUGACGGCGUGCAGAGAGGCCUGAUCUUGCGCAAUGAGAAAGCCUCCGAGAACUACAACACGGACUUCAUCUAUCGCUUGUAUUCGGAGGAGGGAAAGGGCCUCUUCUCCACCAGGAUGAACGUGCUGGGGCACAUGCAGCAGGGCGGCUCGCCGACGCCUUUCGACCGCAACAUGGGCACGAAGAUGGCGGCCAAGUGUGUGGAGUGGCUGGUGGACCAGUUGAGGGUCAACACACAGCCUGACGGGACAAUCGUAGCCACAAGCCAUGACUCUGCGUGUCUUCUGGGACUCGUGAGGCGUCAGUAUCGCUUCACGCCACUGCACGAACUGAUCGCCGAGACGAACUUUGAUCAACGCAUCCCGAAGACGCAAUGGUGGCUGAAACUGCGUCCCUUGCUGAGAAUCCUUGCCAAGCACGAUUCGACGUACGAGGAGGAGGGAUUGUACAUCACAGUGGAGGAGGAGUGUUCUACCGAUACGGCUGUUAUCUAAGCCACAUGCAGUAAAGCCCAAAGGGUAUUUUAUUAGAUGAAAUGUGAAAGUUUAGCGUAUUGGAUGUGUUUAUUUUUUCAAUUGAUUUGUUAAACUUUUAGAGUGUGUUUCGACUCUGAAACUAUCACGAGGACGUGUUAGUUUCGAGAACCAGUGUUAUAUCGCUUCUAAGUAUUAUUUGCCCAUUGGCUUUGAAGGGCUUUAAAGUUUAAAAGGACACAUACAAUAAAUUAUUGUUGAUCGAGUA